AUGGCAGUGCUACUCUUAGCCAUAGCUAUGCUCCUAGCUGAUGGCACUUUCGGAGAAACCAAAGAAAAGAAAAACUACAUGCCUGAUGCAAACAUAUGCUCUUACGAAGAAUCUGAGAUCGCAAGAAUUUCUAGCUGUUACUUCAGCCACUUACCAUCAGAGUUUUCCAAAGAAGUGGAGGAGUCCGUGACGUCACUAUUCAACGGCAUGAGCAUUGUCCAGACUAUCAUGUUAUUCUGCGAAAUCAACAAUGACGACGGCUACUCGAUGAUUAAUGCAUGGAUCAAGGAACUACCUCCGGAGAACCAGCAAGAUGCUUACGACAGUGCCUGGCACUGCUUCACCAAUCUCAAAGAGAUCUUUAUGAGCUGAUACUCUAGGAGAGAGAAAUCAAAUGUGCCUAAAGCAGCUGCGACUUACUUCCGACGGUUAUACAUCAAA